CGGGACCGGAGUCGCCGCCGCCGCCGCCAUGAGGAGAAGCGAUGUGCUGGCGGAAGAGGCGGUCACCUGCCUCAACAAAGCCCUGAAUCACCUGCGGGAGAUCUGGGAGCUGAUCGGGAUUCCCGAGGACCAGCGCCUGCAGAGGACCGAGGUGGUGAAGAAGCACAUCAAAAGCCUCUUGGACAGGAUGAUCACCGAGGAAGAGAAUUUGAAAGGGAGACUCCUGAAAAACAUUGAUUUGUGUCGCAAGGAACUGGAUACCCUGUGCCGGGAGCUCAGCCUGGAACCUUUCCAGGAGGAGGAGGACACGACCAUCCUGCAGCUGGAGAAGGAUCUGCGCACCCGAGUGGAAGUGCUGCAGAAGCAGAGGAAGGAGAGGAAGUGGGAGCUGGCCGCCCUCCAGGAACAGGACCGGGACCUGUGCGAGAUCCUGUGCACCACCCCCUACGGCGUCGACUGCGGCGCCGUGCCCAGCCUGGACGAACUGGACCGCUUCCGGCGCCACCUGGCCGAGAUGGCGGAGCUCAAGGCUUGCCGGAGGGAGGAAUUCGUCGCUACCAAGAGGCAGAUCAUCACGUGCAUGGAGGAGCUGGAGCACCUCCCCGAAACCAGCUUCGAGAAGGACGUCGUGUGCGAGGAGGAAGAUGCCUUCUGCUUGUCGCUCGACAACAUCGCUGCUCUGCAAGAGCUCCUGCAGCAGCUGAGGGUGCGGAAGGCUCAGAACGAGGCCGUGUGCGAGGGGCUGCGGGCUCGCAUCCUGGAGCUCUGGGACCGGCUCCAGGUCCCGGACGAGGAGAGAGCGGCCAUGGCCGGCUACAUGACCGGCUCCAAGUCCCAAGUGAAAGCAGCGCUGCAGUUAGAAGCAGACCGCCUGGAGGAGCUGAAGGCCCAGAACAUGAAGAAGGUGAUCGAAGCCAUCAGGGUGGAGUUGGCCCAGUACUGGGACAAGUGCUUCUACAGCCAGGAGCAGCGGCGGGCCUUCGCCCCCUACUACGACGAGGACUUCACGGAGACCCUCCUCCAACUCCAUGACGCCGAGGUGGUGCAGUUGAAACUCUACUAUGACGUGCACAGAGAGCUCUUCGAUGCGGUCCACAAGUGGGAAGAGAGCUGGAGGCUUUUCUUGGACUUCGAGAGGAAAGCGUCGGACCCGAGCCGGUUUACGAACCGCGGCGGGAACCUCCUGAAGGAAGAGAAGCAGCGGGCCAAGCUCCAGAAGACUCUCCCCAAGCUGGAAGAGGAAUUGAAGACCCAGAUCGAGCUGUGGGAACAGGAGCACGCCAAGGCCUUCCUGGUGAAUGGACAGAAAUUCAUGGAGUACGUGAAGCUGCAGUGGGAGAGGCACCACUCCGAGAAGGAGAGGGCAAAGCAGGAAAGACAGCAGAAGAAGAACCGGCAGACGGAAGAGGAGAUGCUGUACGGGAGCGCCCCCAGGACCCCCAGCAAGCGGCGUGGGCUGGGACCCACCACCCCCACCAAGAUCCGCAAGUUUAACACCACCUCGAUCUCCAGCGCCACUCCCAACACCACCGUGCGCUCCGUCUUCGGCGGAACGGUCUGCCACUCCCCCGCGUCGCGCCUCCCGCCUUCCGGAGGCAAGUUUGGCCAGCCGGCCCGGACCCCCGGCCGCCUGGGCCCCAAGACCCCCAGUAAGAGCCGGCAGGGCUCCGACAAGGAGAACGUUGAGUUGAAUGGCAAAGUCCUGAGCGGUGGGUGUCCUCACUCAGGCCCCCUCCGGCGUAACCUCGGCGUUAAUCUCUGUGCCAGCACCUAUUCUGAGUUUGCGAAGGAUUCUUCCCUCUCUGACCGCUCGUCUGGCGGGGCUCAGCGCGAACUUUCAAAAGCUUCCAGAUCUGACGUCACCACCCGCAUCCUCAACUCCACCAACAUCCAGUCGUGACGGGGCCGCGGGCGGGGCCCGGGGCCCGUGCGGGC